AAAGGCGGCCCCAGAACCCCGAAUUCGACCCCAGAACUUCAACACCGGACCGAGAACGUGCUCGUAACCUGUCCCAUAACCACAUGCCGCUGGCCCGCAGUGUGUCCGUGAGCUCCCUGCCGGGGCUGGAGGACUGGGGGGGUCCCGGCGCCCCCGACAACGUCGUGCUCUUCGAGGUGGCCUGGGAAGUGGCCAACAAAGGUGCAUUUUGGGCGCUGGCUGAUCGAGGGCAUGACAAAAGAGACCCCAAAGUGACAAAAGGGGAUCCCAAAGUGACAAAAGGGGACCCCAAAGUGACAAAAGGGGACCCCAAAGUGACAAAAGAGGAUCCCAAAGUGACAUUUUGGGGUGCUGAGGGACCCCAAAUUUUGGGGUUCCAGGUGCAUUUUGGGCGCUGGCUGAUCGAGGGCAGCCCGGCCGUGGUGCUGCUGGACGUGGGGGCCACGGCCUGGAGCCUGGAGCGCUGGAAGGGCGAGCUGUGGGAGAGCUGCGCCAUCGGCGUGCCCUGGUACGACCGCGAGGCCAACGACGCCGUGCUCUUCGGCUUCCUGGUGGCCUGGUUCCUGGGAGAGUUUGCGGCGCAGAGCGAGGAGCGGCCGUUCAUCGUGGGUCACUUCCACGAGUGGCUGGCGGGGCUGGGGCUGGUGCUGAGCCGCGCCCGGCGCUUGCCCGUGGCCACCAUCUUCACCACGCACGCCACCCUGCUGGGCCGCUACCUGUGCGCCGGGAGCGUGGACUUCUACAACAACCUGCACAGCUUUGACGUGGACAAGGAGGCAGGUGAGCGCCAGAUCUACCACCGGUACUGCCUGGAGCGCGCGGCCGCGCACUGCGCCCACGUGCUGACCACCGUGUCCCACGUCACCGCCGCCGAGGCCGAGCACCUGCUCAAGCGUAAACCAGGGGUAAUUGGGGACAUUGGGGGCAGUUUUAGGGAGCUUUGGGGACCCCGUGUGACACCUGGGGACCCCCUGCAGGUGAAUGGCAGCGAGGUGACAGUGGUGGCAUUUUUCAUCAUGCCCGCCAGGACCAACAACUUCAACGUGGAGUCGCUCAAGGGCCAGGCCGUGCGCAAACAGCUCUGCGCGCCCCCAAAUCCCAAAAAUUCCAGGGGGAACCUCCCGGAUAUGAACAAGAUGCUGGACAGGGAGGAUUUCACCAUGAUGAAAAGAGCCAUCUUCGCCACCCAGCGUCAGUCGUUCCCCCCGGUGUGCACACACAACAUGCUGGACGACGCCACCGACCCCAUCCUGACCACGAUCCGCAGGAUCGGCCUCUUCAACAGCAGCAACGACAGGGUCAAGAUCAUUUUCCACCCCGAGUUCCUGUCCUCCACCAGCCCCCUCCUGCCCGUGGACUACGAGGAGUUCGUCCGGGGUUGCCACCUGGGGGUCUUCCCCUCCUACUAUGAGCCCUGGGGGUACACCCCGGCCGAGUGCACGGUGAUGGGGAUCCCCAGCGUCUCCACCAACCUGUCGGGCUUCGGCUGCUUCAUGGAGGAGCACAUCGCCGACCCCUCGGCCUACGGGAUCUACAUCGUGGACCGGCGUUUCCGCGCUCCGGAGGAAUCGUGCGCGCAGCUGACGGCGUUCCUGUACGGAUUCUGCCAGCAGAGCCGGCGGCAGCGCAUCGUGCAGCGCAACCGCACCGAGCGCCUCUCCGACCUGCUCGACUGGAAAUACCUGGGCAGGUAUUACACCUUCGCCCGGCGCAUGGCCCUGGCCAAGGCCUUCCCCGAGAGCUUCACCUACGAACCCCCCGAGGCUGCGGCUGUGAGGGGCUGGCAGGAAUUUGGGGGUCCCUGA